ACAGCCUGCAGUUUGACACCUCCGCUCCCCCAGAAGGACGCACAGCGGCUAGUGAACACCUCAGCACCCGCAGGAGAACCGAGGAGAACCGAAGACAUGGCGACCGGAGACAACACGGCAACCUUUGAGUCAUGGCUCAACCAGGCCACAGACCCCAACAAUGAGCAGGACAGAUGGGACUGCAUCCAGAGCUUCUACCAGCUCGUAGACCAAGAAACUGACGGACCACAGGUAGCCAUUCGCCUUCUUGCCCAUAAAAUCCAGUCGCCACAGGAGAAAGAGUCUCUGCAGGCUCUCACUGUCCUCGAGACGUGUAUGAACAACUGUGGGAAGAGGUUUCACAGCGAGGCCGCCAAGUUUCGCUUUCUGAACGAGCUCAUCAAACUGCUGACUCCAAAGUACUUUGGAGCGUGGACUCCUCAGAAAGUGAAGGACCGAGUGACGGAGAUCCUGUACGGCUGGACUCUGUGGCUCAAAGAAGAACCAAAGAUCCUCGAGGCCUACGGCAUGCUCAAGAAACAAGGUAUUGUAAAGAAAGACCCCAAACUGCCGGACACAUUAAUAAUGGCGCCUCCGACACAGAGAAAUAAAGAGUCCGUUUUUGACCAGGAGGACAAAGCCACGUUAUUAGCCAGACUGUUGAAAAGUGCUCGUCCUGAAGACCUGGAGACGGCCAACAGACUCAUUAAGAGCACCAUCCAGGAGGAGCAGGAGAAAGCAGAGAAAGUGACAAAGCGAGAGUCCGCUCUGCAGGAUGUGGAGAGCAGCACCAAACAGCUCCGAGUGCUCCUGCAGCAGAACACCAUCACCGGAGCGACGCAACAGCCCAGCGACGACAUGAAGGCCCUGUACGAGCGCUGCGACCGGCUGAGGCCCAGCUUGUUCCGCCUGGCCAGCGAAACGAUGGACGAGGACGUAGCUCUGGUGCAGAUCCUGGCGGCUAACGACGAGCUAACACUUGUAGUAAACGAUUACAAAAACAAAGUGGGGAAGAGAGAGUGUAACGGCGGUAGAGAAAGAAGCAGAAGUGAGGAUGAAAUGGAGCGGAAAAAUAAUGCUCCAAAGAGUCCCAGAGAGAUUAAAAGCUACCACCUCAUCGACCUGUCAGCACUGGACUCUCCACAGACGCACAGAAAAGCUGAUUCACCGCCAUCUUUUGAAUCAUCUUCUCCCAUGUUUCCCUCUUUCCUGGAAAGUAGCUUUAACUCAGACGCUGACCAGGACUUCAAUGAGCCAGAGUUAAAAAGUAAUCGCGUCUCAAAACAAGAGACUUCACGGUCGUACUCUGAAGAUCUGCUGCAGCUAAAUGGAGAGUUUCAGAUGAAUCACGCUGAGCAGAACGGAGGCAGAGGCGUCGUUCUGAGAGCUCGUGGAUGUGGGGGCAGCAGCGCGACAUCGAAUGGGACGAAUAUCUGGUCACUCCCUCAACAUCAACAAUUCACAGAGUCAGGAUCACUGUCCGAGAAUCAGAAACAACUCAGUGAAAUGUCGGGAUCUCCAGAAAAAAAGGAGAGCUUGUUGACACCACAACUAUUAAAAAACAUCUUUGUUCCCGUUCACUCCAUCAAACCCAGUAAUCUUGAGCCGAUCACUGUGUAUGAUCAUGGCGGCGUCCACGUUUCUCUACAUUUUGCCAGAGACUCUCCGCCGGGCUAUCCUUGUGUCGGUGUGGUCGUCUCCUCCACCGUGAACACAUCUGCCCUCCAAGUUAAAGACUUCCUGUUUCAAGCUGCUGUUCCAAAGACCAUGUUAGUGAAGCUUCAGCCGGCCUCUGGGACUCACCUCCCUCCGUACAACCCUCUGCUGCCUCCACCUGCCGUCUCUCAGGUCCUCCUGCUGGAUAACCCUCAAAAGCGAAAGGUGCGUCUACGCUACAAACUGACAAUGACACAUGGAGACCAACAUCUGAAUGAGACCGGGGAGAUCGACAACUUUCCUGACUGGACCUCUUUGAUCAGACAUUGAAAAAACGUUGGAUACUCGGAUAAAAAAAAAAAAGAGAUCAGGAUCUGAAGAGUAAAGUGAAAAAAAACUGGACAAAAGUGUGGGAAACUUGUGACAACGCGUACUGAAGUAACCAAAGAAACAAACUAAAAAUAUCUCUGUAUUUUCAGGAUUAUAAGAUAGUGUUUUCUGAUACAUUAAUGCCAAAAUCAUCUUGGAAGGAUAGCAAUUACUGAGGUAGCAACUCUUUUUAAAAGAUACAAAUGUUAAAAGUUCAGGAGAUUACUUUCAGUAUUUUGCUAUUCCUGCAUUAAAGUGCAGUUUGAUAAUAAGGUGUGUAUUGAACCAAUACUACUGACAUGCAGCUGGUUACAUGUCUGCACGUACAUUAUGUUCAAAGCCUUCUCUCAAAGUGCCUUAAGAUGGAAGUUGUGUUUUUUAAUAUGUAUUUAUUAAGAGUGAGGUUGUCUUAAGGAAUAAAUGUGUGAGAAAAUGUUUUAUA